UUUCUUCCUCUCCAAAACAAACAAACACAGAUUUGCCCAUUGAUGGAUUAAGUGGAGAUUGCUUUGGUUUUUUCGUGAGCCUCCAUGCUUUCUUCCACUCAUUAGUUUUAGCUGCUGCUGUUGCUGCUUCUUCAUCAAAACAAACCGAGAUCUGGGUUUUUCAAAACCAGAUCUGGGUUUGUCUCAAGCCCCGAUCUGGGUUUGAGACAAACCCAGAUCUGGGCUUGAGACUGCAUUUCUCCAUCCACCUCCGCUUCUUUCCUCACUCACCAUUUCUCCUUUGAAUCGACGGAUACUGUUGUGAAGAAGAGCUUGAAGCCUGGCGUCAUGGCCCCUGCAUGCUCUGCAACAGCAACGGCUGGUUUGCGCCGUCGCAGGCUCACUAUAGGCUCGGCCGCGUCGAGAUCUGGCUCUGUCAGCUCCGGCUCCGGCAGUAACAUGCGUCGGGAUCUAGCUGGUUUCUAGGAUCUAGCUGGCUCUGUGGUUUACAAUCUCUUGGGCUUUUGCCUCUAACGAGCUAGCCACUGAUGCAAGCUUCAUUUUUGUUCUGGUUUUUUGAACUCUUGUGGUUUAUGUUCUAUUUUUUCGAACUCAUGGUUUUUGUUCUGUUUUUUCAAACUCUUGUAGUUGAUUUUUGGUCCUGAUUUUGCUAUUUUUCUUUGUCUUGAUGGAACUGGAACUAGAAUUUUUGGUUCUCUUUAAACCAGUGCUCGCUGGUUUCUGUGUUGAUUUCGCCGGCAUUUAGGUUUUGGUUUGCUGCAUAUCGAGUCUCCGGUGGUUCGGUACUGUUUCUUUUUGAUUUAUUUGCAUCCAUGUGAGUUGACUUGGUUUGAUGAAAUUCGAAUAUGUAUUUGAGGUUUUUUUUUAGACUAUGAUUUAGUUUCUCUUUGUUGCGUUUCAAUGGUGUCAGAGGAGUCAUUUGGGUUUGAGAAAAACCCAGAUCUGGGUUUGAUUUGGAGAGGAAGAGGAAGGGACAAGAGAGAGAGAAAGUGAAAGAGGAAGAACAGAUGACAUGGAAGUUUUAUUGUUAGACUGUGAUUUAGUUUCUCUUUUGUUGCGUUUUAGUGGUAUUGAAGGAGUUAUCUGAGUUUAAGGAAAACCCAGAUCUGGGUUUGAUUUGGAGAGGAAGAAGAAGCGAUAAGAGAGAGAAAGUGAAAGAGGAAGAAGAGAUGACAUGGAUGAAAAAAAAAUCAUUAUUUUU